UUGUCAUACUGCGGCAAAAUAAACUAGGAAAUCACUAUAAAAAAUCUCGCUCCUUUCCAGACCUUCGCGUCGUGAUAGAAACACGUGGCUUGAAAAUAUUUUGCAAAUUUAAAGGAUAAAUACUGAUCUAAAAACAUGCCUUUAGCACGAGACUUAUUGCAUCCUUCUCCAGCCGAAGAAAAAAGGAAACACAAAUUGAAGAGGCUGGUUCAAAAGCCCAACAGUUAUUUUAUGGAUGUCAAAUGUCCAGGAUGUUAUGCGAUCAAAACAAUCUUCUCGCACGCUCAACGACCGGUAGAAUGUGACGGAUGCCGCACGAUACUUUGCACACCGACCGGUGGCAAAGCUCGCCUAACAGAAGGAUGUUCUUUUAGGAAGAAGGUUCAAUGUUAAUACUUGAUAUAUUCAACAUCGCUCUAUAUAUUCGGUAAAUAAAAAUUGUAAAAAUA